AUGUCACAACUGUCACACGAUAUAAAAUUGAUUUCUCAAGCUUCAAUGGCUUUAAGCGGUGAUCCAUAUGCGGAUUUAAGAGGUCCAUAUUCUGAACUCUUACCCUUAGAUUUGAUAACAACUUUGGGGCUUCUUGAGAAUGCGACGCCGCAGGAGCUCGAGGAGUUGGCGAAAUUGAUGAAAGCAGAACAUGGAGACAAAAUUAUUGCUUUAACCAUUAGUAAAGUGAAUCCAGUGGACUGGUUGCACAUCAUGGAGUAA